AUGGAGGAGAAGAAGCCUUCGGCUGAGUCUGAGAAAGUGCAUCGACGCAGCAAGAGGACGUCGUCCAAGCCCCCUUCUCCGUCUCAGAGGCUGCAGCGUGCUGCCGCCAUGCGGCGACAGCGUCUGGCGGAAAACACAUCUCAGAAUAUUUUCGAGCCAGGCGACAAGAAGAAGCCCCCAGCCGUCGCCUCGACACCCGUAGUACCGCCCCGGAGACCAUCGGCAAGGUUGGUGGUGCUGGAGUCGAGUAGCCAGAGAACGUCGUCAAAGUUCACAAGCGGAGAAGGGAGUAUGGCUCCUGCCCAAGACGACAGAGACAUUGCCGACAAGGACAUUCUUAAGGGCUUGAAGAUCAUCUGCGCUGCAUCAGCAGAUCCGGACCUCGAUAACUGGAUCCGCUGUAAGACGGGUCUGCGGCUGCGUCGGUUCCUGGCCGAUCUCAAGACAUUCGACACGCUGAGUGAAGAGGGCAAAUCUGCGGUAGAUGAGCAGCGGGCGAGGCGGCGGCGUGCAGAGCGGCGACGUCUGCAGGCCGAGAGGGGCGCUGCCCGUGAGGUGGUGGCGCAGAGGUCUAUGAGGAUCCAGGCACCGCCGCCGCCAGGGCCGGCUGGCUAG